AUGGCUUUUAAUGCAUGGAAAUUGCAUACCCUUCGUGGAUCCAUAGCUAGGAGAGUGUUUUUUCGUACUAUUCUAUUUGCUACAGCUAUGGCAAUAUUUCCUUUUCUGCAAUUAUCAUGCAAUAAGGAAACUAUGGUCACCUAUGAGGUGAAGUCUGAUAGUAAUAUCAAAACUCUGGCUUCUGAUUCUUCUUAUGAGGUGAAGUCUGAUAUGAAUGUCAAAACUGUGGCUUCUGAAAGCUCCCAUUUAUUAAGCCCUAAGCAGUUUCUGAAACCAAUUUCCUCAUAUGCAUUUUCGAAGUUGCCGACAUUUUUAGCAUACAAAGAAAAUGAAAAUCUCACUACCAAGAUGUUUAGAGAGCUUAUUGAUAUGAAGUUGUUGAAUUCUAACGUGAAAGCUCUUUGUGUUGGGGAGGGAUCGGCUUUGGCUGUGUCAGAGUUAAGAAGGUUAGGAUUUACAAAUGCUAUUGGAGUGAAACGGCAUUUAUUUUCCUUCCUUACCCGGAAAAGCUUAAUUCGUGAGCUCGAUCUAGAUGAUCUAGAAUGCAAUUCUUUCGAUUUUGUUUUCUCUAGAGCUCCUAGUAGGGUUUCAGUCCCUGCUCUGUUUGUUAUCGAAAUUGAGCGCAUUCUUAAAUCAGGUGGCAUUGGAGCUAUAGGACUCGAAAUGACUACCUCGGGUCCUGGUAACUUGAUUAAAACCGUUACUCCUAUUUUAUCUUUCCUGAAAAGCUCAGAUGUUGUACACGUGAGCAGUGUUGAUUCGUUCUCAGUUGUUGUCUUCAAGAAAAAACAAGACACUGUAAAUCCUUUUGAGCAUUAUCAGCUUCCUGAUGAGUGUGCAUCUAUUAAGAACACCAAGCCACUUACUAAACAUCUGGAACCACUAGAGAAAAAACCACUAGGGAGGGAAGGGAAUUUUUCUUACUUACCCAAGUUCUUAGACGUCUCUUCAAGAAAAAGGUUCAUUUAUAUUGAUAUAGGACCUGGGAAGUUUGUCAAUUCUAAUGUCACGAAUCGAUUCUUCAAUUCCUAUCCUAUGGAUUCUCGAGAUUUCAAUAUCUAUGUAGUCGAUCAAGACACGACUGUACUCACUUCUUAUGUGAAUAGACCUGGUAUCACCUUUGUUUAUCAUCCCGGCUUGUCUGGGAAUAAGAUCGCUGAAGUUUCAGAGGAGGUCGAUGACUUUUUUCCCUAUCUGAGUGAUGAAGGUUUUGAUUUUCUAGUUUGGUUUAAAUCAAUAGUGACUGAUGGAGAUUUCGUAGUCCUGAAAAUGAAUGCAGCUGGAGUAGAAUUGAAAUUCCUUCAUGAACUAUUUGAAACCGGAGCAAUAUGCCUUGUUGACGAGCUCUUCCUUCACUGCCCAGAGAGUGCAGAUACCAAAGAUGGUGCGCGAGGAGAUUGUGUAGACAUGGUCGAGGGCCUGCGAAAUACUGGAGUGUUCGUCCAUCAGUGGAAGGACAAUUAA